CGCACAGUCUCUGACAGGUGGAUGGACACGUUCACUCAUAUUCCGGAAAUUCUGUAAGCCUUAUGAAGUAUUAUGCUAUGCAGCACCAGUACGUUUUUAUGGAAGCCACAAACAUUCAGGGUAAGACAGUAAAAGUGAUGCCAGGGCAGCGCAUCUGUGGGCUGCAGCAUUCAGUGAACCACUGCUUCCACACACUGGUAAGCGGACCUUUUCCGUCUCGAAUACCGUGGGACAGUUCUUUCGUUUCAUCCGAUGCUUACCUUGACUGCCACGACCGCUAUCACUGCUGCCACCCCGGUAAAGAUCCAGGGAUGAACGGUGACCUCUCGAACGACACACAAGACAGUGCAACUAGUCAAGAUACGGGUGACCUGGGUCAGGAUGAGGACAGCAUGGACUCCGAGAAGGCCCUCAAUCUUAUUAAAAAGUCGGCGCGUUCGGAGUUAUUCCAUGAGAUGGAAACAGACCACCACUUAUCGACGAUGGCCGGCAUUCCGCUGGCCUCCGUUGCCGCUAGUGGAACCGCCAACGGCCAGGGUGGAGUUGGCGCUGGCCUCCUCAGCACCACCUCGGCGGCUCCAACGUUACCUCCUUCCGCCCUGGUGACGACGACGGCGGCCGCCCUAGCUGCUGCGGCCGCCGCGGGACAGCUGUCACUCAACCAGCUGAUGGUUGCUGGAGCACAGAGCCAACAACCCAACAUGUUGAUGCAGGCUGGAUUAGCUCAACAGCUACAGCAGGUUGGAAAACUACCUGUAACAUCAGGUCUUCCAGGACUUCCUGUAAGUCCUCAAGACCUACAGCAGCUACAACAGCAGCUUCAGCAACAUCAGCAAAAUCUUCAAAACCAAAUGCGACAAUUCGUAUUUUUACAACCUGGGCAGCUGCCAGCCAAUGUGCAAGCGCAGCUCUUUCUGCAGAACCAGGGUCUCCUCCAGCAGGGUUUGAUGCAACAGAGCCUGCAAAACCUGCAACUGCAGGCGGGCCAACGGGCGUCGCUGCCGCAGGGCAUGCUGUCGUCACAGGCAGCUGCAGCGACGGUGGCCGCUGCAGCGGCUGCUGCACAACAGCAGUUACAGCAGUUGCAACAUCAGGAACAGCAGAAUCAGGGCCACAACCGGGCAUCGCACCAAGCAUCUAUGUCUAUGUUACAGCAAGCGCCGAUUGUUCCUCAUCAUGUCAAAUCGAGACCAGCGGAGCCAAGUCCGGAGGAAAUGACCGACUUGGAAGAGCUCGAACAGUUUGCCAAAACGUUUAAGCAAAGGCGGAUCAAGCUCGGUUUCACACAGGGAGAUGUGGGCCUGGCUAUGGGAAAGCUGUAUGGCAAUGACUUCAGCCAGACCACCAUCUCCCGGUUCGAGGCGCUCAAUUUGAGCUUCAAGAACAUGUGCAAGCUGAAGCCGCUGCUGCAACGAUGGCUGGAGGACGCGGACGCCUCGCUCAACAACCCGGCGGCCCUCGCUAAUGCCCACACCACACCGGAGUCGAUCGGCCGGCGCCGCAAAAAGCGCACCAGCAUCGAGACGAGUGUGCGUGUGGCUCUCGAGAAGGCCUUCGUGCAGAACCCCAAGCCCACGUCCGAGGAGAUUGCAGUGCUCGCCGAAAGCCUCUCAAUGGAGAAGGAGGUGGUCCGGGUCUGGUUCUGCAACCGUCGCCAGAAGGAGAAGCGCAUCAACCCUCCCCCAGGUGCUCCAUCUGGGGGCUCACCCACGCCUUCCAUGGGGGGCCUCAUGUCCCUCGGAGGAGCGUCUCCCGCACUAUCAGCACUCCCGCUCAGCCUGCACUCGCCUUCAUCCCUGGCAAGCAGUUUGCCCUCCACACCCUCGCCGCCUAUGGUGGCAGUACCGCCCCAGAGGCCACCGGCCAUCGUGUCUCCGCCUACGAGACCAACAGCAUCACCACCAGCUGGAUCACCGUCUGGCAUCAAAUAUGAGUAGGCGGCCAAUCCCAGUUCCUACUUUUUCGACACGUUUUACCAUAUCAAAAGGGGCGUGAGUUGCUUUAUUUGUUUAGCGCGAGUCGCGCUUGUGCAGUUUUAGAAACCAAGUUGAGGCCGAAGGACAAUGCGCCUCCACUGUUGUGUCUGGCCAGCCUCAGGUCGAGGAUACUAGGAUUUUAUUUGAGAUGAUUCCACAAACUCUGCUCUGGUGGGCUCAGGUUAAGGGUGAUGACAAUGCAGUUGUGCUUGUGAGCAGUAACUCAGGGAUUAUUACGUACAGAACGUUCAUGAACCUCUGUAUAAUAUAAAGCUUUACACAGGCUGCAAGGACCCAACGAGAGAUAUGUGUAUUUGAACCGUUUUGGAGCCUGUUGUAUGUUCAUAAUUUUGUGUGCAUCCCAUCUCUGUACACCCACCUCAUGUAGUAACAUCACUUUUGUUAGUGUUUUUGAUAACACUGCCAGAAUGAAAGGCAUAAAAACACUACCUCAGUUCUCUUCUCUCGCUUUUGCUGUUGCUUCCUUUUUACCGUUUCUACCUCUGGGUAGUCUGUCCCUCAUGGAGAUCAGGACCAAAAAUCUCACCAUUUAUAUUACCUGUGUAGUUUGAGUUACCCAUUCGAAUAUCAUGGGAACUGAUUCAGUGAACUAGAGAGCUUUGACGCCAGUGCCAUUAUGCCAGAAAGCAUAUGACCUUUUUUAAACGUGUUUUCCCGUCAUGUAUUAUAUAUACAUUCUUAUAUUGCAAUGGAAACUGAUGUUGGUUUCAUAUAUAGUUGUGUUGAACCUAAAUAGAGAUUUAUUGGUUUACUCAGUCACCUUUUUUUUUUUUUUCCUUCUUAUUUUUCUGUGGCCUGUGAAAUAGUGUGUAAAGAAAUGAGGAGCAUCAAAGAAAAAUGUCCAGGUUUGUAUUGACUGUUGGCUUGUCUUUAGAGGAUUUUCCAACUUAUGCGUUGUUAUGAUGUCGUGUACAUAUACUACAAAGAAUCAUCAAAGAGGAGGGGACCUCUAUCCUGGGCUUGAUUUAUUCUUCAGAACAUAUAUUAGUGCGUGCACACAGCCACCUGCUCUGGAAUGGCAAUGUUUGGUUAAAAUGGUGCAUGUGUCAAGAAGAAAGCUGUCCCGAUGUGAUGCAACACGUCAAAAGUUCCUGUCAGAAAUCAAACCAGAGCAGUAAGAGGAACAAUGUUAAUGCAAUUCAGAUGUAUAUUAUGAAUGCGUAUAGUGCUCUUGUCCAUUGAAGGGGCAUGUGCUUAUUGACGAUAUGCGAGGGGUGCAAAGGCCAGCUGUGACAGCAGUUGUGAAACAAAUAUGUUUGCUCACUGAAUCUGUGUGCGUCUGCAGUUGUGUAGCCGUCCUAGGGAGAAGCUGAUGGGUGUGCAGUAUGGCCAGCUUCACUCUUAACUGCAAUUCGUUAAUAGUAAAGAAGAACUCGGUAAUGCAUACGGUUGUUCGUUGGUUCUUUAAAGGAGCCAUGUGGCCAAAGAAGGUAUAUUCUUGAUGCUCUUCUAAAAUAUUAAUAAACUCACAUUGGUAUGUGCAUUAUUUGAUUUACAGUCCAGUUAAGCUCUCUCUGGCUAAUGUCUAAAGUAUUAACUGUUGUACAAAAAACUAAUGCCAAUGUAUGUGGCACACAAUGUAUGCGCACACACAGAUUGUUUGCAGGUCAUUCAUGUAGUGUGAGGAUAUAACUGCAAUUGUCGUUAGGUCAUGUUCAGUAAGCAUGCACAUUGUUUCACUCAUGUAAUCCAAAAUUGAUGAAUAGAAGUCAUUCCCAGAUAACACGUAGUACAUAUUAAUUGUAGUCAGUUAGUGAGUAUUUAGUUUUUAAGCUCUUAACGCCUUCCAAUAGCUCACCCAUUGUGAUUCUUGACCGAAGCAGUAUGGUAUUUAAUUCACUGUAUAUUUUCGUUCAUCCCCUCUCGAUGAUACUAAACUGUGCAUGCAUGGGGAGGUAGAUUACUAAAAAAAAACAAAGAGGUAGAAGUCUUUCUUCCGUAGAAGUUUUAUCAAAAUGGGCACACUUACCACAGUAAAGCUAGUAUUUUGUGCUGAGUUUGCCUGCUUCAUUGCGUCUUCCUGCUCAAUUGAAAGCAGAACAUGCAUACUGAAACCUCAGGAAUAUAUCAGAAACAACUCUGGCACAGAUGAAAAAGAACCUAUGCAACCAAUCUAUUUGGUGAGAACAUAACAUUAUUUAUCUUUCUCAUAGUCCUCUGGAUGAUUUUUUGGUUCAACCCCCUCGUAGAUGAGUGCAAGUUUGUCUGUGCCAACCGUAGCAUUUGAUAUGAGAGAGAGAGGAAGGAUGUCAGGUCCUGUACUGAAAGCGGGUAUUUUCUAUGUAUGGAGGACAGGGAUUGUGCAAAUGUCAUUCACAAACCUCGUUCUGUAGAAAUGAAAAUCAAAGGAGUUCUUUCGUUGUUCUUUCUGUUUUCCUUGUUUGUAUCGUGAUUUCUCAAUUUUUGUUUUCUCAAUUGUGUCUUACACACAAAGGCCAACUUGUGCUUGUUCAUAGGGUGUCUUCGUGGAGUCUUGCAUUUUCCUGUACAUUCAGGGAUUUCUACAUUACAAAGUGGGGGAAUGCAGGAGACCAGAAGAGGACACUUGCCAAACUUUGUGCUGCAUUUUGAUGACUUUUCUCUGGGCAAGUGCUUCCUCUAGUGUGGGAGUGUGUAAAAAAUACCAUUGCUGUGGUGCUGUGACUAGAGUUCCUCUUUGCCCUUUAGCGGGCAUGCGGCAUGGCCCAGAGCUCUAGUGCGGGUAUUACAAAAUCAUAUUUUGGAUUGAAUCCUAUUCAUUCCUUCUGGGUCAGGCCACGUCUCCCCUAAAGGUCUAACCAGAUGGGAAAAUAAUCCUACUCGUGCUGAGAUGCUGUAAUUGGUCUGCCUGUUGACAUCCUCUGUGACUGAUCCAAGACUGGUUUAUGCUCAAUUUCUCAUCCAAUGCCUUUCAUUUUAUUGCUACAACAGAUCACCUCUUCUUAAAUUUGUAUUCAUAAGUUGUGAUGAGUUUUAGCAGCUGCACAUUGCAAUGCUUGGUACUUUGCGAAAGACAGAGAGUAGAACAUUGAGUCAUGCUCAGGCUUUCUAUUCAUGAGUCUAUCUAGAAUGUAACACAGUGGAAAUGUAGAAAGAAAUGCACAUAUACAGCAUUCACAUUUCAUGUUCAGUAAAAUUAUUCAUUGGUGGCUGUCUGAACUGUGGAAAGGCACAGUGGGGUUCCUCGUUCUGCACAAGUAGCAAGUAUUGACAAAUGCCGUACCUGUUUAAUUCACACAUUAGACCUCUCUACAACCAUUAUAUGUACAUAGUUUACAAUUGCAUUGUGAUGUAUUUCGAUGACAGCGCAAAAUGCUACUGUGACGCAAUAUUGAACUAAAAGUUUGUUGGAUUAAAUGUAUUAUAGCCUUUCUCUGAAUUCUUUGAGAGGGUUUACUUUAUUUCAUUGUAUAUUUUCCAUUGCAUGCAUUUGCAGAAACCAAAACCCAUAAAAUUGUCAUAGUAUCUGCCAUACAUGCAUGUGUGAAAAGGUUGAAAGGAGGGUGUGCGGACUUGCAAUAACAAAACCUUUGAGAUUUCAAAGUGCAUCUCUGAUUUACCUUGUGGUUAAAUUUACAGCUCAAGGUGCUCCACCUCAAGCAUGGGAUUGAGUUCAACAACCAAACAACACUAUCUCAAAUUUAAAAGAAGACAUUUGCCCUACAACUUUGUCUGCCACAUUUCUUGCAAACUCUCAGAUCAGCAGAUAACUGAACAGUAAAUUCAACUUUGUUUUGAAAUAACCCCUAAUUGUAUCUUUCUUACUUAGUAUUAAUUUUCUUUAGCUGCAUGUGGCUCUUAUAACUGGUAUUUUCGUCUGUGUAGCAUACUUUUGUUUGUGCUGCUUUCUCACGCUGGAUAAAUGCUUUCUUGAUUUUCGUUCACUCUGAUUCACGCAAAUUCAGAACAUUGAGAAGGGAACAAAUAAGGUAUAGGCUGUGACGUUCAGUAUCUGAUUUCUCCCUCAUCAGGCUCUAUCAGUAUCAACCAAUUCUACUGUAACUCUGCUAUGGCUUUUCUGUAAGGUAGAUUUAUUUGAGGCUGUAAGUGUGACAGGGAUAGAUGGUGCUGUACAACUGGCCUGAUAAUUCCCAUUACUGAUUAUGGCACAGCUAUGUAAAAAAAAAAAAGGUUUCUGUAUGCUGCAGUGACACACUUGAGCUGGAAAUUCUAUGUUGCUGUAAACAUAUUAACACAUGCCAUGCGGAAAUACAUUCUCUCCUACCAACCUUUUCAUUUGAAAUCAUAACUGUGAUGCUGUCACAAAUCGAGGAAGGGCAAUACAUUGCAUGUGCAUUGUUGCAAUUUGUACAUUAACGGUAAGCUGAAAAGCAUGUAUAUGAGCACAAUUAGGUAAGACCAGUCUAUCACGAUCAUUAUGUAACAUAAACCCGUUCUGAUAAGACAGCAAGUGCUUUUCUUUUUCUUUUUUUUCAUUUGAACAAAACAAAGCGUUUGCCAUGUGUGUUGGCAUACUUAAAAGUGUAAGGCAUGGUGCAUAAGGUGUGUUUUGGAAAGUCCAGUGUGUUCUGUUUUGUUAAUGGUGCAAGAUGGAGGAUGUGGCUAAGACGGAAAAAGUUAGUAAUACUGUCCCUAUUGCUGUUAAAUGUUUCCAACCUAGUCAAUGUCCCCAUCCGGUUUGCUGACUUCUCUUGUGUCCAUAUGUAUGCCUUUCUCACAUUAUUUUAAGCGGUGCUAUUGGUUUCUCUAUUCUGUUUGAUGUGCAAAUGUUCUAUGGUGUUCAAUAUGUUGCUCCCUCGCAUCAGUUCACGUAAUCAUAGAAAUGGUUAAGAUUCUAGUACCAAGUAUUUGUUCACACUAUCAAAAGGGACAAGGGGAGGCGUAUGGUUUUGCAUUACUGUUGAUUUUUGUGUGAAAGUAACUGGUGCGAAGAAAUGCGUGUUAUGCCAUGCUAGAUCUUGGUUUCUUUUUCUUUUUUAAAUUUUGUUACAACGGGAAACAGUCAUCAGAUGCGCAAUAAAACACGGCAGAUUCCCAGU